UGAAGCGGGUCGCGCUCGCUCCUCGACUCGCAUCUCACAGCGUAAUUCGUGCUUUGAAAACUACGAUCAAAGAAAUUUCGCAAAAUCGGAAUUACUAUGAGGUUGUACUGAAUUUUCUUGUCGACUGCAUUGAAGAAUUAUGGGAAGUCAACGAUGAGUGAAACACGUCAAAAUAUUGGUUCAAUCGAUAAUAAAUAAACGAGAAAAACAGUUUAAUGAGUAACGCACAUGAGCAAAUGUUUAUUUUAUUAUCAUUUUUUAUUUUUAUAUUAAAAAACGGAUUGUACGAUGCUAAAAACUGAUAAGAAAGGAGCGUCGUGAUUGAGUGAUGUACUGUUUUGUUAAACUUUACGGACUAAUGAGAAAAUAAAUGAUAAUACUUUGCAAGUGAAAAUAUAAGUUUAAUAGAUGUUAAAUUAAAUGAAAAAUUUAAAAGGUAAAUUAUUCUUUGAGUGAUUCAAUUCAUUACGAACACUAUUCGAGAAUUUCCUCCCCCAUCGGAGAAAGCAAGAGUUUCGGCUGAGUAUUGUGCAGCUUUACGAUGAAAUUGAAUUUCCCUCGUGACACAGUGUUGAAUAAAUAACCGUGGGGAAUUAUUGCGUGCGACAAAUUUCACAAGCAUAAUAUUCAUAAUUCCGGGCUGGUAACCAAGGGCGCAACUGAUCGAUUGUAAACGGUUUAAAAAAAAGUGUUAUUUGCACAUUACAAUCGAAUAUAUCCGCGCGCACUUCCGAUUUCGGAAAAAGCAACGUUCGAUUUGGUGUUUUGUUUUUCGGUGGCAAGUUUUAAAAAUGAAUCAAUCACGAUAAGCUUUGAUAAGGGAAUUCAUAAUUAGCCGUGAUCAUUUCGAUCAUUUCUGCUAAAACUUCGACGGCAAGCCGUCUGAAAAUUUGGAAAAAUGUUCGAUUCUUUUCCAUCCUCGAUUGACUACUCAAGAAAUGAGCGAAUUAGAUAAUCAGAGAUUAUUGUACGCCUUCACAAGUUUUCAUUGUUCGCCGGUGAAAAGUAUCAAAAAGUGCACUGAGAAUGGAAAGAGCUUGAGCUCAAUCGGACUGAUGCGGCUCACGUGCUGAUCGUCGGAGAAUAAUAAUAUCAUGCGAAACAAUCAUGGAAACCAUGGAAUCAUGGAAUAAUUGGGGCGAGCCUUGAAAGCCACUAACAGCCUGGCUAACGCGGCUGCAAAUAGAAGGAAAGCUUGAGACUGAAAAAAAAAACAUCCUGGAAAUGGACACUUUCGACGGGGAAUUCCCGAAACGGGAAUGGAACCAACGAUUAAGCUUGCGUGGGAGUCGACGUAGUCAUCAAGGCGAACUCGGUCCUCGAUCUAUAACAGGCACAGUAAGCAAGAGCACGAGAAGAUGGGCGAGCUUGAGGCAACAUGUUACGAGCGGGGGUGGGUUCGUCGAAGGCAAAAAACCUGCUGCCACUCUGCUCCUCGAUCGUGAGUCCAAUUCUCGAGCUGGAACACCAAGUUCACAGCCACACUCGCCAAACACUCCGAGAACACCUCAUACACCAUUGAAAAAAUCGAAUUGGGAAGUAAUCGAACACUUUACUGGAGCUCCACGGCCAUCCAUCGUCACGAUGGGCGUGGGAUCGGACUUUGGUGUGUGUAGCCUGACUGCUGUCGGGAAGGAAAACAUCGUUGCCGAAUCCCCUCCAAAUUGUGGGCUGACACAAACCGGCCGUAAAUGCGCUCUCGGAAGAUUUCUGAGUGCUCUUUGUACCUCCCAUCGAUUCAAAAAUCUGCAGGUUGAGAUGCUAUAUCAACGGUACUUCCUUCGAAUGAAUCAGAGUAACAUGACACACGUAUUGGGCCUAUUGGCAGGCUUGGCCUUCGCUCUCGGUCUACUGCUCGUUCUGCGCUUGAUAUUUACCAGUGAAAAGCCUCUACUCACCCUUGUUCAGAGAUCUGAAAAUCUGUCUCUCGCCCUCACGCUCGUCGCUUGUAUCACCAUUUAUGCUGUUCUCGUCGCUGCCAUUUCAAGACCGGGAAUGAACGAGGUCUGGCUCGCCGGUAUUAGCGGUGCCAUUCUCAUGACCUUGCUAGCACUUCAAGUCACGUUGAGUAUUCAUUUAGCGUCUCUGACCGAUAUCGAUGAGAUCGAUGAUGGCGACGAAUCCUCGAUGAUGACGUCUGAAACUUCAACAAACAAGGAUCCACGCACCGGUGGACCGUUGGCAGCGGCUUGGGCCGUUUGCUUUUUCAUCUACAUGUCCUACGCACUGUUGCCGAUAAGACUUCGCCAUGCUUGUAUCGCUGGUAUCAUUUUCUCCAUCGCUCAUCUCGUUGGCGUUCUUUUGCUCUACAGAACUCAGGACUAUCCAUCAAUGGUUGCCCACUUGCUCAGCUCGAUCGUCGUAGUUGGUGGAACCAAUGUUGCAGGUGCACUGACCCAUCAUCCUCGAGAGUUAGCGCAAAGGCAAGCUUUCCUGGAAACCCGACAGUGUGUUGAGGCACGGCUGACCACCCAACGGGAGAAUCAGCAACAGGAACGACUUUUAUUGAGCGUACUACCAAGACACGUUGCGAUGGAAAUGAAAGCAGAUAUCGCCGGUAAACCUAAGGACACGAUGUUUCAUAAGAUUUACAUACAGAGGCAUGAAAACGUCAGUAUACUUUUCGCUGAUAUUUGCGGUUUCACCUCGCUCUCGGAUCAGUGCACAGCCGAAGAAUUGGUCAGACUUCUCAAUGAACUUUUUGCAAGAUUCGAUCGCUUGGCAGCUGAGCACUAUUGUCUGAGGAUUAAACUCCUCGGAGACUGUUACUACUGUGUUUCAGGAUUACCAGAACCGAGGCCGGAUCACGCACACUGCUGCGUCGAGAUGGGACUAGAUAUGAUUGAUGCGAUCACCCUCGUCAGAGAAGUUAUGGCUGUAAACGUUAAUAUGAGGGUUGGGAUUCACACAGGAAGAGUUCAUUGCGGAGUUUUGGGACUGAGAAAGUGGCAAUUCGAUGUCUGGAGCAAUGACGUUACACUCGCGAAUUACAUGGAAAGUGGCGGAAUACCAGGUCGCGUGCACAUAACAAAAGAGACGUUGGACUGUCUUGGGAAUGAUUACGAAGUAGAGGAGGGCCGUGGUGGUGAAAGAAAUACGUACUUGAAGGAGCACAAUAUUCAAACAUACCUCAUUGUACCGGGUGACACUUUUAAGGACAACGUGACAAGCCCGAGUCUGAAAAAAGGGUAUCCAGCGAACGGGAACGUCUCUAAAGAAAUGAGAGUAAUGGGCCACGGUUCCCAGCAUGGAAAACAGACCAAACUCGGCUUCGGCGAGAGCAUCGAGUGUGAAAAAGAUCCGGAGGAUGAGGUUAACGAAUAUCUUAUGAGGGCGAUCGAUGCCAGGAGCAUCGACAGGCUGAGAGCGGAGCACUGUACACCCUUCAUAUUGACUUUUCGCAGGCCCGAUAUCGAAGAAAAGUACUCCAGGGAAAGAGAUCGGAUGUUAUCGGCAUACUUCGUAUGUUCCGGUUUUGUUUACAUGGUCGUCGUAGUUGCGAUAGCCAUAACUCUGUCCGGGAGCGUGUAUUUUUACACUUGCACUGGAGUGAGUUUACUAAUUAUCGGACUCAUCAAUGGUAUUCUUCUCGCUGAGAAAAACGAGUCGGUUCCACAGUGUGUGAGAAACGCGUCUGUUACAAUAUUCGAAAACAGACUCGUAGCUCAGAGCAUCGCUUCGAUGGUCGUGUUUCUUACAUUUAUAACAGCACUCUCACCGUUGCUGACGUUGGACAGCAGCGAAUCCUGCAGCAACAGCACAAAGUGGCACGACAAUUCGACGGUGAUGAUUCAGAGCAUUCCAGCAUCCGAUGGACCAUGCUAUUACACCCUCUUCGCGGACCUGUUUCCGGUUCUAGUGAUGCUGGUAAUGGUGACCUGUGCAGUCUAUCAGAUCUUAACAUCGGUCUUCAAGGUCGCUGUGCUGAGUAUCGUGGUCGCGUGCUACUUAGCUGUGACCAUAUACCAGGCACUCGACGAGAAUGACAUUGAUCCGGCUUGUAGAUGGUUGGCCGGUGUACUCGUUGUCUUUUUCAUGGCGUGUUUGGUCGCCCACUCGCAGCACACCGAGGCGACUUACAGACUCGAUUUUUUGUGGAAGCUUCAAGCUACCGAAGAAAAAGAAGAAAUGGAACACCUCAAGGCCUACAAUCAGAAACUUCUCGCGAAUAUACUUCCUGAGCACGUGGCCGCUCAUUUCCUAUCGACUGUUAGUUCUGAUGAACUCUAUCACGAGCAGUGCGACUACGUGUGCAUAAUGUUUGCCUCGAUACCAAAUUUCUCCGAAUUCUACGUCGAGCUUGAGGCAAACAAUGAGGGCGUUGAAUGUUUGAGACUACUAAACGAAAUAAUCGCAGAUUUUGACGAGUUACUAGGAGAAGAAGGCUUCCGUUAUAUCGAAAAGAUAAAGAGCACAGGUUCGACGUACAUGGCUGCUUCAGGAUUAACGAAAAAUACUCGCGACGUAAAGGACUUCAAGCACGUUACAGCGAUGGCGGAUUAUGCGCUAAGAAUUCGAGAGCAGCUGGCCUACGUGAACGAGCACAGUUUCAAUAAUUUCCGAAUGCGCAUCGGUAUAAACAUAGGCCCCGUAGUUGCGGGUGUAAUUGGUGCAAGAAAGCCACAAUACGACAUAUGGGGAAACGCUGUAAACGUUGCAUCGAGAAUGGACUCGACGGGGGUUCUCGACGGCAUUCAAGUUACUCAAGAAGUUUACGACAUUUUAUCACUGAAAGGCUUUCCUCUUACUUGCCGCGGCACCAUACAGGUCAAGGGUAAGGGAAGUAUGGUUACGUAUUUUCUCGAUGGCCCUAGACCCACUGAAACCUCUGCAAAUAACGUCAAUACGCCAAGAGUAAACAACAAUACUGAUCCACCGGAAAAACCAAUAUCACCGAGUAACGGCCUACCCUUUUGACUGACUCAUAAGAGUUCUAUCGAGAGCUAAACGACCCCGCGGUAUACACCACGCUGAACUUUAUAUUCAGCCUGGGAAAUCGACCCAGAAAUAGGCUGAAACGAAGAUAACAAGGAAAAUCGCUUUGCACGAAAAAUCCUGCCUGAUACUGUAACGAUUUGGAAAUAAUGAAAGCCAUAUUUAUGAUAAUUACGAUUCGAUGAACCGACUCGUGGAACAAAUUUCGGAAUGAGUUUAUUUGUUCGAGUCAGAAAAGUAGGAUUAAGAUCAACAGAAUUGUUUUAUUUUUUCGGUUGAUGUGACACUCAUAGCUCGAUGAAGGGCAUUAUAAUCGUUACGACUUUAUUGAAGCAAGGGUGAAAAGCCACAGCUCUCGGAGUCAAGGGAACGAAAGAGUUUACGAACUUGGGCUCGCGCGAUGAUGAAAUUAUGUUCGAUAUGAUGGAGAAUUGCUCGUAUAACGCAAGAGCGACUGUAACUGUAUAGUGUAGAGAAAAUUUAUCGCUUCGUGUUGACGUUUGAUGUGAGGACGACGAAAUAAGUGUGCCGAAACACGCCAUCGAUCUGAUUAUUGAGUUUGAGUUGUCCGUUUGUGGUGAAACGAAGCAAAAUGAAACAAAAGAGUUUCUCGUUAAGUAGUCAUGUGUCAUACGUGUAAUUUUUUCAAUUCAGAUUUUAUGUAGAUCAAAGCCCGCAAAUUUAGAGUAUGAUUGUUUGCUGAAAAAAUAAUUGACAGUUAACAGUGAGCUCUGAAUCAUUUGAAGCAUUGAACCAUUGGUGAUCGGAGAAAACUGAGUAAUAAAAACAAUUUUUUUAAGGUUGUUGUGGGGUCGGGGGUAAAGCGCGAGGGGAGGGGGGCGCCCUUUGCUUAUGCACGGAAUCGGUAAAUUAUUACCAACUGUUUAUCGUUCAAUUAUCGUCGUAUUUGAUGUAAUGUUUCGAGGAAAAAAAUUCACAUCAGUUUAAAAAAAUAUGCAUUUUUGACAAAAUACAGUAAAACCUCUGGGCGUCGCUUAUACCGUUAUCCAACACGCCGGUACACGCGCGGUUUUGUACAUUACAUACGUAUACAUAUAACCUCCAUCCGUGUCGCAGUGCAAAAAACGGGUGAAAACAUCGACCCGAAUAACAACGUUUCCGCAAAGGGGGAAAAAAAGUUUAUUAUUACACCAAAAAAUUUCAAUUCUGGAAACACUCAACAAUGAAAUUCCUGUGCGUUGAGCCUUCUUAUUUCUAAAAUGUUAGGUUAGUUCAUGUUUUCUUCAUCCACGCAGCCUUUCCGCUAUGCCAGCUAUGCGCAUGCUCCCAAUUAUUCGCACCUCUCCAUGACGUCUCAAGCUACACCUCCGAACUGAGCCCUGAUUUUUUAUCAGUCCUCUCCCCAGGUGGUAAAAAAUCGGGGGCUUACUGUAAUGGUUACAAGAAUUAUUUCUAUUAGUUUAUGGCAUUAUUUUCGAUAAUUUGUUAGAGAUCAAUUAUUGCAAGAUGAACUGGCAACAACGUAAAUAAUGAGCCAUGAUAAUAUGAUUAGGUUGGCAGCAGUGUCGCACAGCUAGUCUAUCACAUACGCGCUCCGUUCCUAACCUCGAUCUCGACCGUACGAACAUCGGUCCGGAAAAAAAAUGUCGCUAAGGUAGGGAGCGCUUGUGCCGUUUACAUUGUUGCCAUGAUUCCGAAAGCUUUACCAUUUUAUGUGCUCAAUUUUUGGAAAAAUUCGCAAUUAUAAUCACUAAUAACUCUAAAUUGGCACUGUGAAUGAUUAUUUUCAAGGCACCAAAAGUUAGUCCGAUAUUCUAUUUAACAGUACCUGUUUUUUCAACUCCGUAGCAUCGUUUUCUCGGCAGAUAUAUAUAAAUAUACUGAAAAAUGUUCGGAACAUUCCCAUAAACAUAAUGUGAUGAGCACACUGAAUAGUGAAACUUUGCGAUUUUUUUUUCUAGGUAACUGUACUGUGGAUCGUUUUGAAAUUUGACAGAUUGAUUAGACAGGGAUUAUGAACGGUGACAAAAAAAUUUCAUUUCAGUGAUAUCGUUUCGUUCUGACCCCACAACAACCCUAACGUUACUCCCCGAUAUCUGCAUUCCUCGUCUUAAUACCGCGCACUCAUUAUACGUUGAGUUUGUUUCAUGAGGUUCUCAUUAGUUUUUCGAUUUAGAUACCUCAAAUAAAAACUUUUAUCGUUACCUGCUCAUGAUAUCCAAGGUCCCUUAUCAGGUAAGGCAUUUUUAAACUUUGUUAUAAAAAGAUGAAUAAAAAAGGAAAAGAAAACGGAUUUUAUCGUGUACUCAUGAGUUCGGUCGAACACGUGACGAAUAAACAUAAAAGAGUCAAAAAAUUUCUUCUUACUGCCAACUUUAUCGCCACGUACAUCGUCUUUGCCUUCAUCGUAAUUUCGUAUUUAAUUAAUGUAGAUUGGCAAAUGGCAAAAUUUUUUCCUUUCGCUUUCCCUGAUUAAUUAUAUAUUUAUUAUCACGUUGCCAUGAUCUUUUUCAUCGUCAUUCAUUCUGUGAUGAAAAAAACGUUCAGAGCGUACUUCUCGGGGGAGUUUUAAAUUUUAAAUGCAAGCAAAAAAAUAUUGGAAUUUUCAAAAAACUUUCUCGAAAAAGAUUUCCAUCUGGAAUGGAGUUAAAGAAUAAUGAUUGAACCCAUUUUCGAGAACAAUUCGACCAAUUCGAGCGCAUAACAGAAUGAUGAAUUUCCGUAAUCCCCAACUCCUCAGAAUUUUCUACGAUAAAUAAUUUUUCCUUUCUACAACCUUAAUAAUAGUUCGAAUAUUAUUUUUUUAUUAUUGCAAAUAUAAACACUCGACCGUCACAUGAUUAAUUCGUGAUUUUUCGAACGAUUAAAGUAAAAACAAAGAAUGUACGUUGUUGAAUAAGUAUUUAUUGAAAGUCGAAAUAACGCAGAGAAAUUCAUGUGGAGGAUUUAAACCAUGAAGUAAACUAACGAACAUUGAUUAUUUUUAAUUUCAUAUACUAAAGAGAGUGGGCGAGAUAGUAAUGUACGUUUAUUUUUUCUAUUUCACUCACUCGGCUCUAUUGUAUCUCAGUCAGAGACGAAAGUUUUUAGCAGCUGAUAAGAACCAUUACGUCCAUUUAGUUAAACGACUUUUACUGUUGAUGGUAAGGAAGAAAACUGCUGCAAUAGCAGAAAAGAACUUUCAUCUUCCUAACGCCAAAUACCAUCAAUUAAUUAAUAAUUCACUCAUUUAUUUUUAAAUCAAAUGGAUAAAUAAAAUCUCUUCAAAGGAGUGAAGAAGCAACCUUACGUUUCACUGUACCAAACCGAAAUCCAACAUCAUUUGUGACUAUGUUGUAUCGACUAAAAAAACUUAGAGCCAAAACGGUGGAAAAUCGACUAGUCUCGAGUACAACACCGCACGAAACAGGGGGAACGAACAAUGCAAGAAAUAGUGUCCAGUCAAGUCAUUAAGCUCAAAGAUUUUUUCAAAUUCGAUAGCGUGUACGUUUUUCCCCAAAAUAAAUACUUUACCCGAAUAAUGAUUUAAAAUUCGAGCAUGUCGUUGGACUUCAUGUCAGAUAAGGAUAGUGGAUCGAUUUUCGUUUGGAUUCGCAUGAAAGCUUUUCAGAAAACGUGCACUAGCUUCGGCGAAACAAAACAAUAGAAAUGGCCCGUACUUAAUUUGAGAUUUAUUAAUAUAAUGUUCAAAUUGAGUUUCAUACUGUUCGUAACAUUCUGGAAAAUUUCUACAGGAAAUAAUCCCACAUAUUUUUCAUACUUCUGCCCCAAUGGAUAUUUUCCAAAAAGUGAAAAAUAAUCACGAUUCUUGGUCUACGUACUUGGAUAUGUUCUAGUCACUAAUGAGCACGAAAGAAUAGAAAGACAACUAACAAAAAUGCACAGGAUUGAACGAGCCUGAAAAAAAAACGGAGCAUAAUACAACGAAACUGUGUAAAAAAUAAAAGUUUUGUUGAAGGGGACCACGAGGAAAAUUAGUGGUGUAUGAUAGAAAAGGAUUUCAAAGGGGAAGGAAGCGACGUUUGGAAUGUUCAUUUUUAAUGCAACUAAAAUAUUUCAACCGCAAACGAACGUGAAAAAAGUUCAUCCGUGGCUGUCAUGAAGAUAUCUCCGCAAGUAUAGACAGAUGAUAUCGAAAUACUAUGAAAUGUACUAUUGUUACAAUAUCUGUGAACUUAAACGCAUAUGAAUGUGUAUUAUAAAAAUAAUUAUAAUGGAAAUAAAUUAUUGACUCUGAGUAUAGUUUGCGAUGCAAAAUAAGAAAUAAAAUGAAAUAAAUAUUGCUUGGUAAUCAUAGUAAGUAAGUGAUAAAAUGAAUGGUCAAAAGGACGAGUGCUGAUCGUAUGCGGACACUUUCAAUUGUACACUGUACUUCCGUAACAUAAAUUAAAUAAUUACGAAUAGUGCUGUACCGUUAGUAUUAUUUGGAUGUGUAACUGGCAGGCCCAGAAGCCCGUGUCUGUCAAAUUGAAAAAUUACGAAUAUGUGAUACUAAAUGAAAUGUAAAUUUAUUAUACGAAAAAGGAAGAAUGAAUUGUUGUUAUAAUGAUAGUAGUAACAAUGCUAAUAGCAGUUAAAUUAAUUCGGAUAAUAAUUAAGAAAAAUUACAAUCUCCACGUAUGAAAAGGUAUUUUAUUGCUGACGGCUAUAACUCCAUAUGUGAGCACCUUUUCAUCUUCUGCUGAUACUUGGGAACGUCAAAAAUGAAAUCCCAUUCAAUUCCUUCAAAAUAUUAAUACCGAUCGAAGAAGACUUCAUUUUUUAAUCUCAUAUUCAUCGUUUUUUUUCCAUCAAUUUCAGUGUAAAUGCAAUCAACUCGAAAGGCUUCAUAAGAAAAAAAUUAAUAAUUAAGAUCUUACUUCGUUUGUAAACAUUCGUUUCAUUCGGAAAUGAGGAAACACUUUGAAUUGAAAAAGAAAAUUUGGCAAUGAUUCCUUUUCUAAUAUUUUUCCGUAUAAUUCAUUGUCGGCACAUGUCUCUUCGACUUACUCUCGUACAUAUAAAACGAGAAUUGACUGUUACUGAAAUUGUAGAAAAUUUUAGAACUAUUUUUGGUUGCAAUAAGUGUCAGAAAGUAAUUUUCGACACGUGAAGAAGUAUAUGGACACAAAAAUUGGAGGAAGUAGUUCUGUUACGUUGGAUACACGUAAAUUUAAAAGCAUUAUAAACGCCAAAUGAAAUAUUAAUCGUGCAUAAAAUAAGAUCCGUGUCAAGAGAAGAAACGUCAAAAAAGAGAUAGAUAAAAAAAAAUGAAUAAAAUUAAAGCGAACCGUUGCGAGAUUGAAAGAGUUGGGGCCUAAUUUUAGUACACGUGAAAGCCACGAUCUUGAGACGAUUUUUCGAGAAUCAGGGAUUCCGGUUGAUAGUCAAUAUUUAGAACAACACUAAAUGCAUAUAAACGAAACAGGACACGAUGUUUUAUUGAUGAAUUAGUAUAUUUUAUGAUAGCUAAUUCCGAAUCCCAUUUGUCGACGGCAUGUUACGCAAAGGAAAUGGUAACGAUGAGAGUAUUUGAUGGUCAUGCUCGAAAUGGCCUAAGAAGACUAAGAAUCCCUGCAUCGAAUGUAACAUUUACCUGCUUUUGAAUUACACAUAUGAAUGCGAUUCUGGUAAAUCAUUUUCUCAUUGAAUAAUAUGAAAUACAUUUCUUACAAAACUGA